AUGCUCCCUCCGUCGCUCGUGAGCGUUUAUCAUCAAUACAAGGAAGACACAAACGCAUUAGCUGCCUGGCUGGCUUCCACAGCCAAGUCUCGAGGCUACGGCGCCCCCAAGGCUACCCCGUCCUACACCAUCACCACCACCACCGCUGGCUCUCAAACUUCCAAACGACUCAAGGGAAAGGCGAGAAAAGAUGCGAAAGCUGCCUUUCAACAGGCUCAUGUCUCUUCCGCUGAGUCUUCCGGUCCAGAAUAUGUAAUAACAAUCAAUGACUUCGUCCCAUUGGCCAAAUUCAUAGCAGGGUGUAAGAAGCCAGCCAUCUCGGUACCGCGGUCCUUUACCAACACUUUGAAUCGAGUCAUCGCCAUGCGAUCCGGAUUCAGCAAGAAGUUGGCUAAGAUCCGCGACCACACUGAUGCCUCCAACGAUUCGAGCCACGCGUACUUUGUGGGUAUUCUUGAAGAGGUCCACGAGGUGCUGAAGCCCCGCGUUCGGCCUUCUACUCCGAAUCCACCAAUUUUUUCCUCUUCGACAGACCCCGUGGGAGAGGUAGGAGGGAAAUUCGCAGGUCUGAGUGUUGAGGACCCUUCUGAGGCAUUCCUAAACGCCCCGGAUAUCGAACGACCCACGCCAGCCGAGAAUGACAAAGCCACUUACAAGGCUGAGCCGCAGCAAGAGCUGGCAGAGAUCAUGUUCGCUUACGAUCUUCUUCUCAAAGAUCUCAAUCAAAUCCGGAUACGGAUUGCAUCGAUCUUGAUCAAGUACAAGGAGGACUACAGCAAGCUCGCUGAGAAUACAGUACACAGGGUCGACUUGGCAACUGCCGCAAUCGCGACCAACACCGCCUGCGACCUUGCUCGCAAUCUGAUAGAGGAGAUGUCGCCGAUUUUCAAGCCGCAUGGAGGGCUGAUCGAGAUCGCAAAGCAAUUUGAUCUUGACAAGUGUCUGGAUUUAGGGUUCAGUGGACCCUGCCUGAGCCGCGACAAAACUGAUCUCAUCUGUGAAACCUACGCCUUGGCUGACCAGACAUGCAUGGUCUCUAUCUUCAUCCUCGAGAACCACAAGCGAAUUAAGCCUGACGAAAUCGUUGUGCUCAGAGACCGUCAGUUCGACACAUAUGACCAGUCGGCGGAGUGGGCAAGCAUUUCCAAUUAUGAGAAGUUCAGGAACGACUGUAUGGUGAUGUGGGAGAUGUCUUGCGAGUUGAGAAUCAUGUUCGCCAAAUUUCCGGACUUGCUUGUGGACGACGAGUUCGUUCGCGGCAUGCGAGAGCGCCAACGAAGCGGUGAGGUCUCUACUAGUAUGAGUCUGGUCUUCGCGGCUCAGGUGUUCCUUGACAUCCACGACCACUUACGUGACACGAUGGACAACGACCUCCAACUUCACCUCGACUUUAUCAGAGAGGGCUACACCAAGGGUUUCGGCUAUCUCCAGCACGAGUCACUCAUGGCGUACCGCGCGGAGAUCAAGUUCGUUCAAAGCGAUCCGAUACACCGUUUCAAAGUCGAGUUGAGCGCGAGAGAAGGCCUACCUCCUUGCCCGCGGUCUAACUUGGCAAUUUUGAAAUAUUCCCCCGUCGUCUCUGGUCUCUUCCUAUUUCGGAUGAAGCAACAGAUAUACAAGACGGGCUUGAACUUGGCCAACCUGAAUGCGGGGCUUCUGAACCCGAUGCAACUAUACAAUGCCCUAAGGCAGGAAAAUCUCCUGUCCACGCAAGAGGCACCGUCGGGAUGCUGGCAAGACAUGGAGCUAUUGUGCAGACUCGUGGGAGAAGAAAGCUUCUUCGUCGGUGCCCGUCCCAGACAGCACAAAGAGUAUAUGAAGAAUCUACUUCUCCAGACGGGCAUGUCGGUGGCUGCUUUGAGCACUUGCAAGAGCCGGAAGCACACUUCUCGACAUGUGAAGUCAAAGAAGGGGGUCCGACUCAUCAAGACGGACCUUACGCCAGUCAUGGACAUGCUCGUCGACCGGUACGUCGAGAAGAAGGGCCAGUUUGACUGGACGACCCAGGAUGUCGAGGGCAUCAUCUCACGGAGCAUAUACUUUCAAAAUCAAGGGCGGCACAGCAAGCAAAACCGCGCGUCCAAGGCAAACGGACCCCAAAUGACACCCGAAAAACUCAUCGAGUCAUUGGUCAUUGCUCUACACACAGAGACGCUAACACAGGUAUUCCCAUACCUGACACUGCAGCGGUCGGCCAGCGGUCGGCCUGGGGACGAGAGCGAACUUCCGGGGAUUGUGUAUCUGAUUUUGUCCAAGCUGGGGAAGGGGGAUGGCAGACUGUUUACCAAGGCUGGAGAGGCUGUUAAGGAGCAACUUCGAAAGGGGAACGGCCACAAGGCUAUCCACCGCCUCUCCGAUAUGGGCUAUGUUGUCACAGCACGUAGGGGCGACAAGUUCGAAAUUGUGUACAAUCCUGACACUGGAACCAUCAACUUAGACGUCGAUGCAGAUGUAAAGUUAGCUCCUAAUUAG